GACACCCAUAUGCGUUCUCCGGGUUUUGCGUGGGUGGUUCUUAUGGGCUCCUUCCGUACAAGAACCGAAGAACUCUUGACGAAGUAAAAUCAGCCACAGGAGAAGGAUUUGCUGCCAUUAAGCAGGGGUUGGAACCCUUAGGAGAGAAUGAGAGAAGAGGACCAGAAUACCUUGGGAACCACACCGGAGAUGAGCCCGAUCAAGCUAGGCUAGCUAGCGGACAUGAGGGACGCUUCGGGUUCCUUCACGCCGUUGAUUCCUAG